UGAGCAACAGUUAGAGAGGUGUCCUUCAGGUAUGGGAAGCCACCUUUUAUGAGGAAGCCCCGGCAAAAAACUUUAUUACCGUGUGAAGAGUGCGAUCGUCUCUCGUGCAAAAAGUAGACCGCUUGAUUUGUGCUUUGAAAAGUGAUAUAUAUGAUACUGGUUGCAGAUAGUAGGCGACGUUUCCAUCCCAGUCUCCACGUGCUCAGUGUUCCGUUUGGGUGUUUUUUGUUUGAUGAAGAAAAAGGAACACGAAAGAAUGCCUUUGUGUGUGAUUUACUGAUGCGAAGAGGGGAACCUCAGUCAGAAGAAUAAGGCGAGCGAGGACCGACCUUCCUCUCUCCCCCAGAGAGGUUCCAACUUCCAAGGAACAAGCCACAAACAAGAAGUCAUUUUCAUUAACACCAUUCAUCCCAUGAAAAGAAAAAGCUCCCAAUCUCAUCAAGACGGAUAUGCGGUUAGUGGCUAAAAGGCCGUUGACAAGGACCCUUUGGCCUCAAGUUCCUUAGGGGUAAGCCAUCAUGCCCAAUGACGACGAGCACAUUGAGUGAGCUACCAUAACCAUACGAGAACCAUGGGGCUCAUUGGUUGAUCGUGAUUGGAACUCGAACGGGUUAAGUGUACCAAGGCAUUCAGCCUCCAUGCCAUAGCCGUCUUGUGGUGCAUGGUGUAAACUGAAACUGAUUUGGACACGUGGGAUGUGGACAAGGAUGUCAGCUGACGAAUGACGUUUCGGCAUCGAAGAGACGAAUUGACGUUGCCCGGGAAAUUAGAAACGGAAAGAAAAUUCUAUGGUAAAGGCCGACAAUAGAGGACCAAAAAGAGGCAGAAAAGGAAGACAUAUCAAAGAAGACCGACCUUUCAUAGUUGCAGCGUUGGAACAUUCCGUCUUUGUUCCUCGGCAAGCAGACGAGUUGAUAAGUACAAGGAUGAGCGAAUCUAGUGCAUUUAUUGGUCCUCGUCGCAGGUGUUGAAUAGAACCAGGAGGUAUCCCUGGCUCACUCACCCAUCUCCCUUCAAGAACUUGAGAGUAAAGCCUUCAACCUUAAUCAUCUUGAAGAGAGCAUGAAGGGAGACAUUCUGGAGAUCAUUAAGAGCAAAUCUGACAGACAGAGAGCGAGAAAAAGAGAGAGACCAUCACAAGUUGAUAAUUCUUGGGCACGAAACUAAUUACUCCGUCUUUGGCCCCGGGUUGGAAAUAAUGCAAACCUGUGCCACCGAGGCUAUUUAAGGAAGGAACGGCUGAACACACGAAAGACCAGCCGUUGGUCUUGGUAUUGCUCAAGGUCAUUAGACCCAUUCUGAAGGAAUGAUUAGAUCUCAGUGCACGGCAUCCAUCAUUGGUAUUGAACCGAAAGAAGUCCGCGAGUGACUGUGCUCUGUAUUUUUAGGGCAGCAUCAGUGAAAGGAUUAUAGAGUGAAACCAUCAGCUGUCACAUGAGAGACAGCUCUCACCGCCCUUGUCCUUGUCCUUGUCACCAUCUUCUUCAUCGUUGUCGUUCUCGUGGGUCGUCUGUCGUCUGCGUCCGCGUCCGUCUGCUCGUUCUCCUUUCACAAGAUCAAAUUUGUUUCUCCCAGACGAGGAAACUACCUCAUCAUCUGGAUCUCUUUUGUGUGGUUGCGGCGAGGACUUCAAAUUCAUAUCAUCUGUAGUAUCUUGGCUCCCACUCAAACUCAUGGUUUGUUCAGUACUUCGUGGAAGCAUUCCUCCUCAACAACUCAUGAAGAGGAAAAAGAAAAGGCCAUCCACUCUCCCACCAAGAUUGACGGACUAAAUCAGAGGAUAGAUCAGGAUUCAAAAAAUGUCCCCUCCACGUGCUUUCAGUUUCUUUUCCUACCAACGUUUCUUACCUUGGCCUCUUUACCCAACGAGUUGCGAUUAGACGCCGGAAAAUUGUCUUUUUACGACUCCCAAGGAUUGGAGAAUGAUUCCAUUCUUAGCUGACAUGGAAGCAGCCUCGACGAGGGAAAUGGAUGCCAAUAUCACAGGCUCCUUGGGGAGUUUCAUGUUGUCCUUGGCCUUGGAAUCCAAACUAAGACCUGAUUAUGACAUUUAUCGUCAUAAUCACCAGUUUUACAACUAUCAUCAACUUCAUCAUGGACAAGGGGAGGCCUCGGGGCCUCAAGAUCCCUACCGAAUGCCAAGAGAUUUGACCGAAGCCUCCACUGAUCACAUGAUAAGACACGCAGAGAGGAAAUUGAACAAACAACGGGAGCGACUCUGCAACACGGCCAAAGGCAGAGAGCUUCCAGAAUGUCUCACCACCUCUACCACGUUCCUCUCCUCCACGCCCACGACCUCAACCUCUCUCACUUCUCCUGUGGGCGGAGAGACCUUGGACCAGAAUGGGUUCGGCUUGAGCACUCUCUACAACGUGAGCACCACUAUGACCAUCCCAUCGCCGUAUUUUCCCAAUUGUUCUGAGGAGUUCCUGAAUGCCGCCAAUAACGCCACUCUUUCAACCGCUUGCAGUAAUAUCUUUGCCAAUGGAGGCUUGGAAACUGCCGGUGCAUAUCCCUGUGGACCGGAAUGUUGGCCAGCUCCAUUUGGAACUCUUAUGACCAUAUUCAUAGCCGUCAGUCUGGCCAUUUGCAUUGUCAUCACAACAUUUGGCAACCUCUUAGUACUGGUCAGUUUUGUGGUGGACCGGCAAAUUCGUCAGCCCACGAACUUCUUUAUUGGGUCAUUGGCACUCACUGAUGUUCUCAUUGGGACGGUUUCAAUGCCUUUUUACACCGUAUACGUCUUGGUUGGUUAUUGGCCCGCCGAGCUUGGCCCUAUCUUAUGUGAUCUCUGGCUUUCGGUGGAUUACACAGUAUGUCUCGUGUCUCAAUUCACUGUGCUUCUAAUCACUGUCGAUCGAUUCUGUUCCGUGAAAAUUGCCGCCCGCUAUCGUGCUUGGAGAACGGGCGGAAAAGUCAUGACCAUGAUCGUGGUGACGUGGAUCAUUCCAGCAGUUCUGUUUUUCGUGAGCAUCUUCGGAUGGGAACAUUUUAUUGGUUACCGAGAUCUGCGUGAUGGGGAAUGUAUGGUGCAAUUUCUCAAGGACCCCGUGUUUAAUACUUCCCUAAUAAUUGGCUACUAUUGGAUACCAUUGACCAUAUUAUGUGUUCUGUACAGUUUUAUAUUUGAAGCCGCUUGGACAUUGAGUAAAAAGUCUCGGGACAAGGAAAAAGAGCGCCAAAAGUUGUUGGCUUUAGCCAAGAAACCCGCUUCAGGCGCCCAUGGAGCAUCCAACACGGCCGUUGGAAUAGCAGCCGUGGCUAUGACGGCCUCUUUGGCAACGUCUAACCCCGGAUCGAAGGCAGAUUCUUCGGAAUCCCAUUCCAAGGAAAAAGAGAUUGAGCCAGUGGACUCCUCCCAAGGGUCAGAUGGUAGAUCCCGCUCGAACGGUAAUAAACGCUUGCCCCCGCUGUUAGAGGAGGAAACUCCACUAUGUGGCCAUGUUGCAUCGUCAUCCGCCUCAGUCCAGCGUCCGCCUUCAAUUUCACCCAUGCCCAUGCCCCCACCCCCAUUGCCCUACCAGCAGAAAGACCAUGACCAAGAGGGGGUGUCCAUGUCGUCCUCGAACGCUAAUACCAGCUACCAUACCCUUCCCUUGCCGUCAGUAGCUUCGCGACAUAGAGCUCAGAGUUUGAAUAAUAACUGUUUUAACAGCAGGACCCUGGAGGCCAAAAGACGAAAGUACUCAUUUCAUAUGCCUUCAGACAUCAGUAGUAGUUCAGACGAACCUCAAAUGACCCUGAACCCACUAUUUUUACCCGAACCCUUACGUCCACGAGCAGCUUACCUCAAAGCAUACGAUGACAGCUUCCAGAAUAGUGAUCAAAACUCCACCCUAACACCCACCCCGGCUGCAACGCCAUCACCCAGCGUUUCCCCGCCCUCGACUGUGACACCCACCUUGAGUGGGCGGAAAGGUACCCGGCCAUGUUCUCUCAACAUCUCUGGGAGUCAAACCUCGAUGCAAAGAAAGUCUGCUCAUUCUGUGGCCUUUGACGACGAUUCUGAUGUGCGAUUCAUGGAGGAGAGCUCAAUUGUCCUUCCAUCUCCGAUCCGCGGUGUCCCCGAGGAGAUCUCCAGUAGUGCCAACGAGGAUGGGUUUGUACCCGAUCCUAUGUCACCCCUGUCACCUUUUGAUCAAAAGACUUACCUGUACGGACGACCCAUCCGAAAAUACCAAAAGAUUCCGCAAGAUGAAAUCAAAACCAAUUUGCCCCUCCCCAUAAUGCGGUCUUCUCCGUCGUCCUCGACUCCGAGUCACAAUCAUGGACUGGCCUCUCACCAUGCGCAUUAUGCCCAUCAUCAUCACUUCCAACAGGACGUUGGUCUUCCCCAUUUUCGGGAGCAUUCGAACCAUUGCAGCCAGGACGGUCCACAAUCGCUUGCGGGCUCAGGGUCAGAUUAUCAAUCGUCCACGGGAGAUGAAACCACCUCCUCGGAAUCGGACUGCGGGGAAUGUUGUGCUGGUCAUGCGCCCUACCCCUUCCCACCUCUCAAUCCAUCCGGAGCUACUUCAACAGUGUCAAAGAGCACACAAAUCUCUCCCACAUCGGUGCUGGAGAUGUACGCAGCUGCCAAUGGUCAAAGGGUGGCCGGGGAUACGCUCACGAGUAAUACUUCCUCCACCGCCAAAAAGCUUUCAUUUCAAUUAACAAAUAAUAAUCACCACGUCCAUCACCACCACCAUCACCACCAAAGAUGCUUCGACGAGACGUCCGAGAGCGGUACCGACAAGGGCGUUCAGACACCCUCUUACGAGGGUCCACCGCCCCCUUUUCUGUUAGAAAGAACUUGGCAUUGCAACGCUACUAAGGCCAUUUCGGCCCUGGCCGAUAGUCCAACCCCUAGAACCAAUGGGUAUUCCUCCAAUGCUAAUCAUCGUCCUUGUGCUGCUCCCACCGCUUUAAAUGUUAGCUUUCAGAAACCCGAACGGAUCAUCCUUCCAUCUCCUCCCAAGGUCAUCCCACCCAAGCCUCCCAUUAGAAGUGAGACUACCAACAUAUCCACCGUUCUUCCCGCAGAUUCCCUCCAAGGGUCAUCAUCGACGACCAUUCCGAUGAAAUCUUUAGCCACCCUUAAGGCGAACGGAGAUGCCACCAAUGAAAUUGAGCGCGCUUCCACGGUCAACGAGGACGACCCCUCCUCGGCCACUUGCCGGGACUUCAACAACGAUGACUCGUCCAUUAGUGGUUCCAAGAAGGAUAUCAUGCGGAAGAUUGGGAAGCGGAUCCGAUUCAGGAAACGUAAAAAGGACAAGCUAAAGACCGAGAAUCGAGCUCGGAAGGCUUUGAGGACGAUCUCUAUCAUUUUGGGUGCAUUUGUGGCUUGUUGGACACCGUACCAUAUCUUGGCAAUCAUUGCUAGUUUCCGACCCGAGGCCGUCAAUGUCCAUCUGUACAUGUUCUCCUACUUUCUUUGCUACGCCAAUAGCCCCAUUAAUCCGUUCUGCUAUGCAGCUUCGAAUCAACAAUUCAAAAAUGCUUUCAAAAGAAUCAUGAGAGGCGAUCUCUCCAUGAAGUGAUCGCUCCCGGAAAUAGGAUCCACCACUUCUGAUGGCGAGCGACAUUGGUCGUUGGCAAAAAGAGCCAUGGCCCGUAAGUAAGCAAGCAGGCCUUUCUGCUUUCAUAUAUGUCAGAACUUGAGUGUUUUAUAGUCACGAGUAAAUUCAGUGAUUGUUGGUUUUUUUUUUCGCAUGAGACUGGCAAAUGAAUACUUGAAUCCACAUUAUCUUUAUAUUGUGCAAAGUUUCGUUUCAAUUGACCUUCAGUCUCCUGAGAUUUUUGUCUCGUGUCAAGAUAUGUAGACUUUCUGUUUCUUCCUUGAUAUCUGUACAUUGAUACCACAAGUUCACAAAUGAGCGGGUGAUGAUGUUCAAGUGAGGAUUUAACAUUUACAAAUGUCAAAAACAUUGAUUCUUUGCUUGAUCCUUGUACCAUUCAAAAUAAACAACCAUUCUCUA